UUCAGCAUUUGGCUACCGCUACACACAACGGUCCCUCCCGAACCUGGUAUCAGUCAAUUUACAAAAAUCAAACAUGAAUAGACAGCAGGUAGCAAUUGUUUUAUGCAUAGUUGGGUGGGCGAUAUUGUGCAUACUGCCGGACAACGUCAACGCGACUGACAAAUUCUUCCAAACAGGUGGUCGGUUUGGAAAAAGGCGCGAAAAUCGUUAUACAGGUGAUCGUUUCACUGACCUGAUGAAGCCACCGACUAUGGAAAACGUACCCCCAAGAAUAGAACGUGGUUUUUACAUCUCUAGGUACGGCAAAAGGAACUCAAACUUGUUUUCAGACAAUGAAUAUUUCACACUGUGUUUGUCAUCAUACGGCAUGUCAUGCGAUUACAUUGGAUUGUCAAACUUGCUUCGCUGCAAAAGAAUACGCCCCUUGGACUGUUCGACCGAGAACCUGGUAGAUGAUAAAGUCUCAUUGAAGUCCGACAACACCAUGCAAAAUUUCAAAAACGAUUAGAGCGACGCUUCGCAAUACAUUUAAAAAAAAUCGAUAGCAUUCAUUAAAGAUCAUUAGUAAUUAUAUCGUGCAAUACUUUAAAAUUUAGACACUUAUGUAAUACAUUUUAUUUUAUAGUGGACAUAAAUUUAGCACUUAUAUGUGGAUACUGGAUAGGUAAUUAUUAAUUAGUUAUGUAACUUAUGGUCACUGACAUGAAAUGUAGUGUAGUUAUAAUAAUAUUAAUAAGAUGUUAACACCGUCUAUGGAGAACUUAAAACAAAAAAACUAAAAACUAGAAAAUGCGUUUUAAGUAGCCUUAUUGGUUAAAGUAGUUUUUAAAAAUAAACAGUACCUAGUAAUAAUUUAAACUAUUAUAAUAUAAAAACUUGAAAUUAUUUACGAAAUAAAAAACA